CAGGGUGGGACUGUGAAGGUGGGGGACCUCGAAAGCCACGUGGGGCUCUGGCUUGGUGGCACUUGGUGUCGGUGUGGGGGGCAUUUGCUGCCACGGGUGGGGUCUGUGGGGCGCAUCCCCACGGGACAUCCCCUCUGCCGGGUGGCACUGUCACCACCCACCCAUGCCACAAACACAGCGGUUCUCAGCACGCCUCGCCGGCGGGCGCUCAAACAUAACAAAAGCUCCCGGGGAAACGAGCCCAACCUGUUUGCCACGGGGCUGCGGCCGCUGCAGGAAUGUGGGCGGUUGGUGACCACAGGCGGGUCCCAGGGGACGCGGAGCCUCAGCUCCCGCACUCCCGCCCUCGGCACCCAGGCGCCCGCAUCAUGCUCCCGCUGCUCCUCCUGCUCCUGCCCGCCGCACACGGCAUAGACCAGGUCAGGCACAAGCCGGCCCUGACCCAGGAGAAGCUGGAGGGGGUGACAACCGCCUCUACCUUCGUGCUGGACCAGCCCCGCUGCGUCUUCAACAACUACAGCAACGCCGUCAUCUGGCUGGUGGUGGCCCUGGACAAGGAUGUAUACGCCUUCAACAGCAGCGUGGGGCCGGGGACUAACGAGACCGCAUUCCAGCGCUUCCCUGACCCUGUCCAUGCCUACAUGACCCUCAACGCCACCCUGGACAGCUACCCCUGCCCCAAACCGGCCGGGGACAUCACGGUGCUGCGGGUGGGCAGCGAGACGAGCUGUGCCCAGGAUGAGACGAGACCCACGUGCAAUGGCCCCCUGCCUGGCCCCGGGCCCUACCGGGUGAAGUUCCUCGCCCUGGAGGGCUCUGUGCCCGUGGCUGAGACAGACUGGUCGGCGCCAAUCACGCUGAGGACAGCCAAAUCACCCAACAGCAACCCCACGACGAGCAGCGGGCACAGCGCCGGCAUGAUCGCCAUCACCACCAUCCUCUCCAUCCUCUUCGCCAUCCUCCUGGCCGGACUGGUGGCCAUGCUUGUCUUUUGGGGCUCGGACUCCUGCGGCAGCAGCACCUUCGGCAAGCAGGAGUCGGUGUCGGUGCGGCGGUACAACACCCACCACGUCUAUGACCAGCCGGCAGCCCGGCUCUGA